AGCGGACCGGUCCGUACAUUAUACUUUUAAGAUUAUCUACUGUGUUUUUGAAUUUUAACUUCCCAAAUUGAUGUUCUCAUUGCUAUUUGGAUUUUGGGUAGUAUUUACUAUUUUGAUUUUUUUAAUUCGUCCAAAUCGUUGAAUUUAGAAUUAUCGUUUUUUAGACAGUUAAAUAGAUUGUCAUAUUUUGUCAGACAAUGUAUAUAUAUUAUAAUACUAUCGGAGUAUCGGAUUGUAUUAAUUAUUAAUUAUCAAUGGAAGUAUAGAGAUUAUAAUUUGUUUUCUUAUUCAAUAUAUUAACAAUGUUUUGAUUUAAGUUUUGAACUUUGAAUCUGUGUCAAAGGCAAUUAGAUUUGAGUUACAAACACAUGCAGUGUUUGCAUAUAAAAGACAUUAUAAAUACAAUAAUAAGUAAGUGUAAUUUAAUUAAACAUCAAAAGUUGUCAUAUUAUUUACAAUGAAAAUGAAAACUAAAACUGGAAUUAAAUAUACACCAAUUAUGCUUAAAAAUUCAGUUGAAGAAGUUCCAAAAUGUAAUAAUUACAAAAUUAUUUCAUUACUCACCAUUCUGUUGUUGAUGUUUGUUUUAAUAUACCUACAAAUAAGUGACAAUGAAAAGAUAUUGGAAAAUAGUAAUAUUUCAAGCAAAUAUCUUAAACAGAAGAUUGAUGUUGGUUCUAAUCAUGAAGUUAAUAAUUACUGUACAGCAACUUUGGAUGAAUAUAAAUUUGAUUGUUUUCCAAGAGGAAAAGCUGAUAAGCAAAGCUGUGAAAAAAGAAAUUGCUGUUGGUCUCCUAGUAUUCAAAAUUCUCAAAUACCUUGGUGUUACUAUUCUUCAAAUUAUAGUAAUUACAAAGUUAUUAAUGUGACUGAAUCCAGAAAUGAAAUAAUAGCAUUUUUUAACAUAACAACAAAUACCAUUUAUAAAAAUGACAUUAAAGUAUUGUGCAUGGAUAUUUCAUUUCAAACAGCACAACGAUUACGUGUUAAGAUAUACGAUCCAGAGAAUAAACGUUAUGAGCCACCAUAUCCUGAAAUACCAAUACUUAAAUUAAAUAAUACAAAUGAGCCAUUAGUAUCCGACUAUAUUGUACAAUUAUCAGAUAAUAACGUUGGAUUUGCAAUUCUGAGGAAAAUUGAUAACUUAACCAUAUUUGACAGUCGAAAUAUUGGAGGUUUCAUUUAUUCUGAUCAAUUUAUUCAACUUUCAGCAUUAUUACCAACUAAAUAUAUAUAUGGGUUAGGUGAACAUAGAUCUAAUCUCAUGCUUGAUAUGAAUUGGAAAACAUAUACGUUUUUCAACCAUGAUAGUCCUCCAACAAAUGAUAUGAAUGGAUAUGGUUCACAUCCAUUUUACUUAAUGAUUGAAAAAUCAGGAAAAAGCCAUGGAGUUUUUUUGUUCAACAGCAAUGCUAUGGGUAUGAAAUAGUUAAUUAAACCUGUAGAAAUUGUUAGGUAUAGGCACAGAUAUCUAUAUAGCCAUAUGGGUAUACAAUAAAAAGUAAAUAGCCAAUGUAAUAACUGAAAAUUCAGUCAGGAAAUUAACCAAAUUGUCCUAUAAAAUGAGAAAUUAAUACAUUGUUUACAUUUUACAAAUGUUAAUAGAUAUUCACAGUCAUCUAAAAUCCAGUUUUUUGUUAUUAUUUUAUAAAUUAUAUUGUAUUUUUCAAUCUAGAGAGUCAGUUACAUAGUUGUUGUUUCCAUACACAAUGAUUAUUUGAACAGUAAAUACUCAUUAAUUAAA